CGGCUUGUAGCGACCACCCUGCGCGCUCACGGCCGGUGAAAGGCGGAAGUGACGGCAGCGGCGGCGCGGUGCUCGGCCCCGGGAGACCCAUCUCCCCCUACCUGGCGGUACACAGUGAGGGCUGUGUCCGGUGGGGGGCCCCCUCAGUUAUUAGCGAUACCUCCUCUUCCAGCAGCACCGCGGUAACCAUGGCGACCAAUCUGCGGAAGGGCGGUGGGCUCAUCGGCUUGGUGAAAGACGCCUUCCAGCCCCACCACCAUCACCCGACAGCCCAGCCUGGGACCGUGGACCGGAAAACCGUGGAGAAAUGCUGGAAGCUGAUGGACAAGGUAGUCCGUCUAUGCCAGAACCAGCGGCUGGCCUUAAAGAACAGUCCGCCAUAUAUUCUGGACCUGCUUCCAGACACCUACCAGCACCUUCGCACUAUUAUGUCUCGUUAUGAGGGGAAAAUGGAAACACUGGGAGAAAAUGAAUAUUUCCGGGUAUUCAUGGAAAACCUUUUAAAGAAAACAAAGCAAACUAUCAGCUUGUUCAAAGAGGGAAAGGAACGUAUGUAUGAGGAAAAUUCCCAACCCAGGAGGAACCUGACAAAACUGUCCCUCAUAUUUAGCCACAUGCUUGCAGAAUUAAAGGGGAUCUUCCCCAGUGGAAUGUUCCAGGGAGAUAAUUUCCGGAUAACAAAGGCUGAUGCUGCAGAAUUCUGGAGGAAAGCUUUUGGGGAAAAAACAAUUGUCCCUUGGAAGAUUUUCCGUCAUGCCUUGCAUGAUGUUCACCCCAUAUCCUCUGGACUGGAAGCUAUGGCUCUGAAAUCCACUAUUGACCUCACAUGUAACGAUUAUAUCUCUGUGUUUGAAUUUGAUAUUUUUACACGGCUUUUCCAGCCGUGGUCUUCCCUCCUCAGGAACUGGAAUAGUCUGGCUGUUACACAUCCUGGUUACAUGGCUUUCCUGACCUAUGAUGAGGUUAAAGCUCGGCUUCAAAAGUUCAUCCAUAAACCUGGGAGCUAUAUUUUCCGUCUGAGUUGCACGCGGCUUGGUCAGUGGGCAAUUGGAUAUGUUACAGGUGAUGGAAACAUUUUGCAGACCAUCCCUCACAACAAACCACUUUUCCAGGCUCUGAUCGAUGGAUUCCGGGAAGGAUUCUACCUUUUUCCUGACGGUCGCAACCAGAAUCCAGAUUUGACGGGCCUUUGUGAGCCCACACCUCAGGAUCACAUCAAAGUCACUCAGGAGCAGUAUGAGCUCUACUGUGAGAUGGGCUCCACUUUCCAGCUCUGCAAGAUAUGUGCGGAGAACGACAAGGAUAUCAAGAUUGAGCCCUGUGGGCAUCUUAUGUGCACUUCGUGUCUCACAUCCUGGCAGGAAUCCGAGGGCCAGGGCUGCCCGUUUUGCCGCUGUGAAAUCAAAGGAACUGAGCCAAUCGUGGUUGAUCCUUUUGAUCCAAGAGGAGGUGGCAUGGCUGAAAUGUUAAGACACUGUCUAGAUGGUGCCCCCUCUCCAUGUUACGAAGACGAUGAUGAUGAUUGUAGCAAUGAUUCUCUUUUCAUGCUUGCAGGAGCAAAGGUGGAAAGGCCCCCAUCUCCUCUUUCUCUUGCUCCACAAGCCUCAUUGCCUCCUGUACCACCACGUCUAGACCUGCUACCGCCGAGACCUGCCAGUUCCACUGGGGCCUGCAGUCCUUCAACAAGCUCCAAGGUUCCAAGCAGCAUACAUCACAAGGAUAAACCACUGCCCGUCCCCCCAACACUUCGAGACCUACCACCUCCUCCACCUCCAGACAGACCUCACUCUAUGGUGGGUGACAGCAGACCACAAAGAAGACCUCUGCCUUCCACCCCUGCAGACAAGCCUCCAUCAUUUCAAUCAGCCCGUCCGGCAGAUCCCUGGAAUCCCCGCUCUGUGCCCAAGGCUCCCACACCCAGUCUUACUUCAGGGGCCGAUUCAUGGACAGGAGGGAAGGAAUUAACCAACCGCCACUCCCUGCCUUUUACAUUGCCCUCACAUGUGGAUGAGAGGAGGGACCGACAUGGCAGCACUCAGAGUUUGGACAACACUGGCAUAAAUUCAUGUGUUGAUUUGUUGGCUGGAAUAGAUCUGGAUGAUCCCAAAGUGAAGCAGUCGUCCUCUGCCAAUGCCAUCUACUCCCUGGCCUCCAGGCCAUUUAUGGUGCCAAAGCCUUCAGCAGGGAAUCAUUCAGACAGUGGUGAAGAUUCUGAAUAUAUGUGUCCUUCAUCAAGGCCGGUAAAUCCAUCUGUACUACCAAAAUCUGAAACAAGAAGGCCAUUAGACGCAUUGCCUGCUUUCUGUUCACCUGAGCACCAGAUUGAAAGGGAGUCUUAUGAGACCAUGUACAACAUCCAAUCCCAAGCUGCACCCAUCUUUGUGGAGCCUGGGAAAGAGGAAGCAGACGAAUGUCUUGCAGCUUCUGCAAAUGGUCCUAAAGAUGACGACGAUGAUGAUGGAUAUGACAUACCAAAGCCCCAUGUGCCUAUGGCUCCUGCCCGCCGCACAGUCUCAGAUAUUUCUGAUGCCUCUCCUGCCUUCAGUCAAUCAACAGUGGUUAGGGAUCCUGGAGCAGGGCUCCUGGAGUCUUCUCAGGUCCCUGAACGUCCACCGAAGCCCUUCCCCAGACGGAUGAAUUCCGAACGCAGAUCUGCUGCAGCUGGUGAUACCUUGCCAGCACCUCUCUCCAGCGAGAUUGAAAGUUUGUUAAGCCAAGGUUAUUCCCAACAGGACGUUAACAAGGCCCUGCUUAUUGCCCAUAACAAUAUUGAGAUGGCCCGCAACAUCCUUCGUGAGUUUGUGGCCAUUCCUACUCCCCCUCAUGUGGCCUCAUAGCAGCUGAGGUCCAAAUUAACUCCUUACCCAGUUCAAGGAGAGAUGAACAGGGAGAGUGUACCUCUGUUCCUUGAGUACAUAGGCAACAGAAGGGCAACCGCAACCAGUGGGGGUAGGUGUGGGUACAGGGAACUUGAGAGAUCAGCCCACAGCCGGACCCUUAACUGGACGCAUACAGGGUACGGGUGCUAGCCUGCCUUUUGUCAAUCAGCAUUAAUAAGUCAGGUGAUCUGCAAACAAUCUGAUUGCUACUCAGAUUCCCUCCAUCUUUCCCCUACCUGUAAUCUGCUGCCUAUCUUGCGCAAUGUUCAGGCUUGCAGGGCUUGGAUUUGGUUUGGGCUAUAUUCAUGGAUAUAUUGAGCCCACAUGCCUCCUCUUUCUCUGCCUGUCUGAAUAAGUUGUAGGAAUGUUCUAUUUGCCUGGUCCAGGGUGAGGUGUGUGAGAUGAGCUCAUUAGGUUUCUCACACAUUUUUUUCUUUCAUUGAAAUAUUUUUAUUAAAAUCCCCGUUAUAGAAUUGAAUGGGAUUUAGUAAGUACCUUCUUCUAGUGUAGCCAUGUCCAACAUUUUCAUAUAGUGGGCUUUAGCUCUGUUAUAUUCCUGUACUGAUGGGACAGAAGCUAUUUACUAUAUGCUAGCAAGGAGUUCAUAGGCAGUGUAGGGCCCACAGAACAUCCCACUGGGGUCCAAGUACAGCUAGGAGAAUUGUAAUCUGGACAGCCCUGCUCGGGUGCAGUAGUAGAUGAUAUCACUGACUGAAUAACAUUGCCUGUGGUGAAAAAUGCCAGCUUAUCCCAUCUGAACAGGCAUUUCUGGAUUGUUUGAAAGGCAUUAUUAGCAGGAUCUCCUAACCCUUUUCAGUUUUACCUGCUUUUUUUUUUUUUUUUUUUUUUUUUUUUUUUUUUUUUUGAAGUUAACGUGUGACUCGAGGCAAUAAAGCACUCCAGGGAUUUGGGUGUCUGUUACCCUUUUUUUUUUUUUGUUUUUUUUUGUGCAUUAUUGCCACAAAACUCAGGGCAAAAGGGGAAGUGUGGGGUUGUUCUGUCUUGAUGUGGAAUCAAGGGGACAAGAAUGAGGUGCGUUCAAAGCUGAUUAUAUUGGGCAAACAAAUUUGGUUGCGUUGCUUUCUGAAAAUCAAACCGAACAAGUCCGUACUAAAAAAUAGAAUGCUGACUUACAUAUGAGUGCAUACAAUUGGCAGAGCGUUAAAUAUUAUAUGUAUAGUCUCUGAUUUGUUUUUUCAUUUGCUGUUAACUGGGUUCUCUUGAACACUGCAGCACUUUUAAGCCAGGAGUGUCACACUGCCGAAUCCAGCUCUUAACGACAACUUCGGCAAUGAUUUCUGAGCUUUUGGCUGGUAGAGAGUUGGUGGAGUCGAAUUCAACAUCAUCUAGGGAAAUGCAGUUUAACAUCUCUAUUUUAUGGGAACAUAUUUAAAUAACAAUUUAAUUUCGUUAACAUUCAAUGCAUUAAAUUCAAAUUUGCCUUUAGAACUGUAAAACACACCCAGUAUCUGCAAAAUUAUCCAAAUUGGCCAGUUUAUUCCACUCUCAGUGAAUGCACCUCUUGGGGAAGGGGGCCUCUUGCUGUGAAGAUCUGGAGAGGAGGAGAUGUGGCAGUUUAUAUUGGAUCAUAUUUAAAGGGGCAGUCUAAGCACCAUAAUCCAUGCAGCUCACUGUAUUGGUUAUGAGUCAAACAGUCUGACCGCUUCCAUGUUUAUUUCAAACCAUUUAAGGUUUUUGGUAAAGACCACGGCUUUGUCUUCUGUUAAUGUAGAUGUGCAUUAGCCCAUCAAAUUAUGUCUGGUCGUAAUGGACUGCGAGUACUGGGCUAACAUAUUCUCACUCAGUAAAUAAAGGGCCAUGCAGUAGUCAAGAAGUGUGGGGGAAAGCACCCACAGAGUGUUAACUACGGCCGUGAGCUGCUGUGAUUAUUGUGCUUAGAGUGCCUUGUUAAGGGCCCACACAUACUGCUGCAUCAUCUUCAUGCUGCAUUCUGUCUGUCUCACUGUCUCCAUGCAACAUUCAGCAAAUUACAUGUACAGAAAGAAUGAAUUCACAGUAUGCGUUAUGUGUAACCUAAAUAAUUUUAUUUUUGCAUUUAUGUCUAGCUCUAUGUUGCAUAUGUACAUGCGUGUGUGUAUAUAUAUUCUUCACGUAUGUAUUUGUGUGUGUCUGUAUGUGUGGGUGUAUGUGUAUAUAAAAUACAAAUAAAUAUAUAUAAAUUAUGUGCAGCCAUGCAAACUCCUAUAUAUAUCUCAAUUUCCUCAGAAUUCUGUUGGUGCUAAAAAAAACACCUGCAGGAAAAAGUUAGUCGCACACUCUGCAGUUUUGGAAUAAAUUAUGUAUAACAGACAUUUCAAUUCUAAUAUUAAAACAAGGCGUAUGCUGAAUGUAUUCUUAUUAUGGCUUUAUUGCUAAUCCCAACUAUGUGCUUUGUUUUGGUGUGUUUGUGCAUUAAUAAGUGUGUACAUUUGUAUGCCUCCACACACUGUGGAUAAGUCUUGGACCACAACGAACAAUUCAAAUUAAAGCCAUAUCUCCAAACAGGAAGUGUUUGGAGAAAUAAACCCCAUAUAUAAUGCUAAGAGUAAUGGAGUGGAAAUGGAAAAACAAUGGAAAAACCAUGAAAACGUACAAAUGCUGUUUUAACACACAUUAAUUGUGAUGCCGUUUAGAUUGGGACCCAGCUUUUUUUUUUUUCUUUCUUUUUUUUU